UCCAGAAGAAGCUGUUCCCGGUUUGUGCGCUCUGGAGCGGAACGCGGAGCCCUGGCCUCCUGCAGCUCCGAAGAGCUUCUGCCUGCGACUCCUGUGACUCCCGCGAGGGGACAAGUCCGCACGGCGGGGUGACCGCCACCUGGUCCUGAGCCCCUCGCCCGCGGCUCAGCCCAGCUCAGCUUUGGCGGCGGAGGCUAUGGACUCAGAGGAUGACCCCUUGCUGCAGGAUGUGUGGCUAGAAGAGGAGCAGGAGGAGGAAGAGGAAGCUAUGGGUGAGGCCUUCAGAGGGCCCAAGAAGCAGAGGCCCUGCCCAGGGGCAGGCGGACAGUGUUGCUGGCGGCGCUGGGCCUUGCCCUCGCGGCCCCCAGCCUCGGGCUUCUGGAGCACCCUGGGCUGGGCCUUCACCAAUCCGUGCUGCGCCGGGCUGGUGCUCUUCCUGGGCUGCAGCAUCCCCAUGGCCCUGUCGGCCUUCAUGUUCCUCUACUACCCGGCGCUGGACAUUGACAUCUCCUACAGUGCCUUUGAGAUCCGCAACCACGAGGCCUCGCAGCGUUUUGACGCCCUUGCCCUGGCGCUCAAGUCCCAGUUCGGGUCCUGGGGGCGCAACCGGCGCGACUUGGCCGACUUCACCUCUGAGACUCUUCAGCGCCUCAUCUCAGAACAGCUGCAGCAGCUGCAACCCAGCAACCACUCGCGGCCGGCCUCCAGGGCUCCGGGCUCCCUCCCGCAGGGCGGCCCAGGCCUUCCUUGGGCCAAUUUCGCGGGGCAAAAGCCAACAGCCAAUCGGAGCGGGCGUCUUCGGCGCCAGACCACGCCCCUGGAGGAACUGACAGCCAACCAGAGUGAAGCCCCGGCGGCCAGGAAUGGGCGGUGCCAGUCCAGCUCUCCGCCCCCCGAGGCGGCCGCGACCAAUCAGAGUCGUGCCCGUCGGGGCACCUCGCGUUGGGACUAUUCGCGCGCGUAUGUGAGCGCCAACACCCAGACGCACGCGCACUGGCGCAUCGAGCUCAUCUUCCUGGCGCGCGGUGACCCGGAUCGCAACAUUUUCACCAGCGAGCGGCUGGUCACAAUCCACGAGAUUGAGCGCAAGAUCAUGGACCACCCGGGCUUCCGGGAGUUCUGCUGGAAGCCCCACGAGGUCCUCAAGGAUCUGCCACUCGGCUCCUACUCCUAUUGCUCCCCACCUAGCUCGCUCAUGACCUACUUCUUCCCCACUGAGAGGGGAGGCAAGAUCUACUAUGAUGGCAUGGGCCAGGAUCUGGCCGACAUCCGGGGCUCCCUCGAGUUGGCCAUGACCCACCCCGAGUUCUACUGGUAUGUGGACGAGGGUCUCUCUGCGGACAACCUCAAGAGCUCCCUCCUGCGCAGCGAGAUCCUGUUUGGGGCACCCCUGCCCAACUACUACUCGGUGGACGACCGCUGGGAGGAGCAGCGGGCCAAGUUUCAGAGCUUCGUUGUCACCUAUGUGGCCAUGCUGGCCAAGCAGUCCACUAGCAAAGUCCAGGUUCUGUAUGGGGGGACGGACCUCUUUGAUUAUGAGGUGCGCAGAACCUUCAACAACGACAUGCUCCUGGCCUUCAUCAGCAGCAGCUGCAUCGCCGCCCUCGUCUACAUCCUCACCUCCUGCUCAGUGUUCCUGUCCUUCUUUGGGAUUGCCAGCAUUGGCCUCAGCUGCCUGGUGGCACUCUUCCUCUACCACGUGGUCUUUGGUAUCCAGUACUUGGGCAUCCUCAAUGGGGUGGCUGCCUUCGUGAUAGUGGGCAUUGGUGUGGACGACGUCUUUGUGUUCAUCAACACCUACCGUCAGGCCACCCACCUGGAAGACCCGCAGCUGCGGAUGAUCCACACUAUCCAAACGGCUGGCAAGGCCACCUUCUUCACCUCCCUGACCACAGCGGCUGCCUACGCAGCUAACAUCUUCUCCCAGAUCCCGGCUGUCCAUGACUUCGGCCUGUUCAUGUCUCUCAUCGUGUCCUGCUGCUGGCUGGCCGUGCUCUUCACCAUGCCUGCGGCCCUGGGUAUAUGGAGCCUUUACAUGGCGCCGCUGGAGAGCUCCUGCCGGGCCAGCUGCCACCAGAAGUGCGGCCGCAAGAGCUCCCUGCACUUCCCUGGGGAUGUGUUUGCCGCUCCCGAGGCGGCCGGGGGCAGCCCUGCCCAGGGCCCCAUCCCCUACCUGGAUGAUGACAUCCCCUUGCUGAAUGUAGAGGAGGAGCCAGUGUCACUCGAGCUGGGAGAUGUGUCCCUGCUGUCUGUGCCCCCUGGAAGCCUACAGCCAGCCCCUGACAGGGGCAGCCGGGGCCAGCUCAUUGCUCAGCUGCAGGAGCUGCUGCACCACUGGGUCCUGUGGUUGGCCAUCAAGAGCCGCUGGGUGAUUGUGGGCCUCUUUGUCUCCACCCUCAUCCUGUCCCUGGUGUUCGCCAGCCGGCUCCGCCCCGCCAGCCGGGCCCCGCUGCUCUUCCGGCCGGACACCAACAUCCAGGUGCUGCUGGACCUCAAGUACAACCUCAGCGCCGAGGGCAUCUCCUGCAUCACCUGUUCAGGUCUGUUCCAGGAGAAGCCCCACAACCUGCAGAACAACAUGCGGGCGUCCCUGGAGAAGAAGAAGCGAGGCUCAGGGGUGCUCUGGGCCAGCCGGCCUGAGGCCACCCAGCAGGACUCCCUGAGCACUGUGUACGUCUCCAAGGUAAAGAGUAAGGGCCGUCCAGCUGUCUACAGGUUCUCCCUCAACGCCAGCCUGCCUGCCCCCUGGCAGACCGUGGCCCCUGGGGAUGGUGAGGUGCCCUCCUUCCAGGUGUAUAGAGCGCCUUUUGGUAACUUCACCAGGAAGCUGACCGCUUGUAUAUCUACAGUAGGGCUGCUCCAGGCGGCGAGCCCCUUCCGCAAGUGGAUGCUGACGGCCUUGGCCUGCGACGCCAAGCGGGGCUGGAAGUUCGACUUCAGCUUCUUUGCGGCUGCCAAGGAGCAGCAGCACACCCGGAAACUGUACUUUGCCCAGUCCCACAAGCCCCCCUUCCACGGGCGCGUGUGUGCGGCACCUCCCGGCUGCCUGCUCAGCUCCAACCCUGAUGGGCCCACCAAGGGCUUCUUCUACGUGCCCAGUGAGAAAGUGCCCAAGGCCCGCCUCUCAGCCACCUUCGGCUUCAACCCCUGCGUGAACACAGGCUGCGGGAAGCCAGCGGUGCGGCCGCUGGUGGACACGGGGGCCAUGGUCUUCGUGGUCUUUGGCAUCGUGGGCAUCAACCGCACCCGCCAGCUGGACAACCACGUCCUUGGGGACCCGGGCAGCGUCAUCUACGACAGCAGGUUUGACCUCUUCAAAGAAAUUGGGCACCUGUGUCGCCUCUGCAAGGCCAUCGCAGGGAACACGGAGCUGGUGAAGCCAGGCGGGGCCCAGUGCCUGCCCUCAGGCUACAGCAUCUCCUCCUUCCUGCAGAUGUUGCACCCUGAGUGCAAGGAGCUGCCCGAGCCCAACCUGCUCCCAGGGCAGCUGUCCCACGGCACGGUGGGCGUCAAGGAGGGCCGCGUGCAGUGGGUGUCCAUGGCCUUCGAGUCGACCACAUACAAGGGCAAAUCCUCCUUCCAGACCUACUCGGACUACCUGCGCUGGGAGAGCUUCCUGCAGCAGGAGCUGCAGACGGUCCCCAAGGGCUCAGCCCUGCGCCGCGGGUUCCAGACCUGCGAGCACUGGAAGCAGAUCUUCAUGGAGAUCAUAGGGGUGCAGAGCGCCCUCUACGGGCUGGUCCUCUCCCUGCUCAUCUGCGUGGCUGCGGUGGCUGUGUUCACCACCCACAUCCUGCUGCUGCUGCCCGUGCUCCUGAGCAUCUUGGGCAUCGUCUGCCUCGUGGUGACCGUCAUGUACUGGAGCGGCUGGGAGAUGGGGGCCGUGGAAGCCAUCUCCCUGUCCAUCCUCGUCGGCUCCUCCGUGGACUACUGCGUCCAUCUGGUUGAGGGCUACCUGCUGGCCGGAGAGAACCUGCCCCCCCAUCAGGCCGAGGACCCCCAUUCGCAGCGCCAGUGGCGGACACUGGAGGCCGUGAGGCACGUGGGUGUGGCCAUUGUCUCCAGCGCCCUCACCACGGUCAUUGCCACCGUGCCCCUCUUCUUCUGCAUCAUCGCCCCAUUCGCCAAAUUCGGCAAGAUCGUGGCGCUCAACACGGGCAUCUCCAUCCUCUACACGCUCACGGUCAGCACCGCCCUGCUCGGCAUCAUGGCGCCAGCCUCCUUCACGCGGACCAGGACUUCCUUCCUCAAAGCCCUGGGCGCGGUGCUCCUGGUGGUGGCCCUGGGGCUGGCCACCUGCCUCGUGCUCCUCCAGAGCGGCUACAAGAUCCCGCUGCCCACCGGGACCUCCCUAUAGCCAUGGCGCCUGGGCCGGACUCUCGCACACCUUCGCUCCAGCAGGUGGGGAUGAGGAACUCAUCCCCUGGCCCCGGAGGCCCCCUGUCGUCCAGCCCGGCUCCGGAUAGUUCUGUUCCCAGGCCUGGGCCGGGGGGCGCCCUGCAACCUGCCUCACAGCGCCGACCCAGAGCCAGUUGGUGACCCCAGCAGCUGCCCCACCCAGCCAGGCUGCGCGUCCACACUGGGCCUUUCCCCUGACGCAGAGGAGGCCGGCCCUCCACCCCUGUCACCACAGGGACCGGGGGACAUGGCAGAGCGCCUCCCUGUUUGCGCAGCAUUCACACUGCCUCAGUGCUCACGGCGGCCUUCUGGUGUCGGGGUGAUGGGGGACCCACUCCACAGAUGGGAAAGUGAGGCACCAGGAGACCAAGGAGGGGCCUGUAGCUGGGCAGUGGCAGAGCCAGGGCUUCUGAGGACAAGCUGCCUCCCAAGCCCGGCAACUCCCCGGGGACUUUGCAAGAAGAGCACAGUGGGUUCAGCGCAGGGGCUCCCCUUCGCGCCCCGCCCUCCCCUCCCCUUCAGCUUUACUGCAGCCCCUGCUGGCGGGUCCCAUCGCCUCCCCAGUCCUUUGAGUCCUGCCGGAGAGGACGGAGGGGCCCAGCUUGGAGUCUGCCAUGUCCUGCCCCUGGCCCCAGCCUCAAGGGCUCCUCAAAGACCUUUUCACAGAUCAAAGCCGCCAUCGGCCCUACCCAACUCUGGACGUGGUUUCGGGGUGGGGGGACAGCCCUGAGGGAGGUGCUGUCUGUGCCUGCCGCCUGCUCACAGCAGAUGGUUCCUAUAAAGUGACAUGAGACUGCAGCCCGCCACCAUUAGCACAAAACUUUUGAAGCAUUGCUGGCUCCAUCACGUCCUUAAAAUCCAAACAACUAAGUGCUCAGAAGCCACCCAGCCAGAACCUGGCACAAAGGGUGGGGUGGGGCCUGGAAAGAUGGUAUAGGGUGGCAGGUGCCCAGCCCUCCUGGGAACAGGGACCUGGGGGGCUCUACAGACCUCAUGUGAGGUCAGGGCCCCCUCUGGGGUAGCACCGUGGAAGGCAGAGCUCCAUAGAUGCUCUUUUUCUUGAGGGGCUCACCUGGCUCCAAGGCUGGGGCCCCUUGUUACUUUCUGUGUGCCUGGCCUUGUGCUGAGCACUGACUCACUCUUUGGGACACAUCCGACCCCCUGGGCUUUAUUGAACUGGACACAAGCAGAGCUGGGACCAUGGUGGCUGGGAAGAAGUCAAGGGGGUUCUCCCAGCCAGCUCACCUGGUCACCUGUGAGUAGUGCCUCUGUGUCCCCCUCCCAGGGCACACCUGGCUUAGAGUAGGCACUCACUAAGCCAUCUGUGGAGAAAACAGACCUAACCCAACAAUUAGUGAUAGGUGAUGUUCCGGUUUGCUAAUGCUGCCUUUUCGCAAAAUACCAGAAAUGGAUUGACUUUUAUAAAGGGAUUUAUUUGGUUACAAAGUUACAGUCUUAAGGUCA